UCUUAGCUUCAGUUGUUUGUCAUACUUUCAUAUACAUUCGUCGCUCGCUUUCGUUUCGAUAUCUCUCGAAAAAAGCAAAAACCUUAUCUACUCUACAAAUCCAUUACAAAAAACAAAAAGCAAAUCUUAUCGGUGCCGGUUAACCAGCAACAAACGUGACUCAGUGGUGGACAGAAAGUGGAGCAAUGAAGACUGCUUUCCCGCUGGCCGUGCUCCUCCUACUGGGAAGCUUCUGCUACCUGGAGGCGGCACAUAUCCUCUGUGUGGUGAGUUCCGCCAAACACAAUAAUCCCGGCUGGUCGCGUCCGCUCUUUGAUGCCCUCCUGGCCAAGGGUCACCACCUGACGGUGCUCAGCACCGCUGAGCCCAAUAAAGCUCCCGAAGAGGGGCUGGUGUAUUACCAUUUGCCCAAUGAAUACGAUCUGAUGCAGAAGCACUUCAUAGACAAGAGAACCGGAAAGUACCAGGAAAUGGUGGCUCUUAAGCAGCUCCUUGUCUGGUACGAAGUAAUCCUGGGCAGCUGCCGGGCCAUGAUGGAGUCCGAUACUUUUAAACGUCUGCUUCCCGAGUUGGUAGCUCAAGGAGGUCAGGAUUUUGAUCUAAUUAUCGCGGAUAUCACUGAGGGUGCCAAUUGUCUUUUGGACUUGGUUUCUGCCCUGGACACUGUACCUGUUCUGGGACUAAGUGCUGGCAAACUCACCCCGGACCUGAUGGCUUUGCUUCAGGCGGAGGAUACUAUAAAUGCGGCCAGGACUCCGCAUCAUCUCAGUCAGGUGUCCUGGAACAUGGGCUUCUGGAACCGACUGCAUAACCACAUCAUGUAUUUGGGGGAGCCAAUAAUCAACUGGCUUAUCAUUCGCCCCGUUCUCGAUAAAACCGUGUCAACACAUAAAAUCUUUCCCAAAUUGAAACUUGUUUUGCUGAACACACAUCCUACGGUGGAUUACAUACAGAACCUGCCACCAAGCGUCAUUGAAGUGGGUGGACUUCACAUUAAGGACGAGCCCAAGCCUCUGCCUUCCUAUAUAGAAAAUUUCAUGGAAAAAUUCAUCUAUGGCAUUGUGUACAUCAAUAUGGAAUACAUCGAAUCGAUCUAUCAGGGAUUCGAGGCUAUGGUCGAUAUGAUUCACGACAAUCCCAAUUGUGGCUUUAUUUGGAAUGUGAAUGAUAUGGAAAUUCUGCCAGCGAAAAUGCCAAAUUUGUUAACCCUGCAUGCCGAUCAAUCAUUGCAACAGGAUAUACUCGCUGCAUCUGCAGUCAAGGGCUUCCUCAAUCAUGGCGACAGUUUCAGUAUCCAGGAAGCUGUUAAUUAUGGAGUGCCCAUGGUUGUUCUUCCCCUGAAUUUGGAACAGUUUAAUACUGCUCAGCGCGUAAAGGAACGCAACUUGGGCGUUAUGGUUUCGUCCAGCGAAUUCCAUCUGAAAGCCUUGUCUGAGGCUCUCCAUUCGAUCCUCGAUGUUGACCACUUUACCACCGUUUUGUACCGUGCCCAGCACAAGUUCCGUUCCCGUUUGCAAUCCCCCAUAGAAAUCGCCAUUUGGCAUGCAGAGCAACUUAUUGCCGAUCCUCGUUUCUUCAAGAAUGCGGAGACCAUUGACCAGAACUUCUUGGUGGCCCACUCUCUGGAUGUCCUGGCAGUGCCGGUUGUCCUCAUUUUGGUUUUCGUAUUGAAUUUAGUGCACGUGAUCUCCAAUAUCGUAAAAGCCUCCAAGAAAAAGGAUCUUAAAAAACGCAGAAAAGUAAAGAAGGUGGCCGUGGAAACUGAGCCCGCGAAUUUGGAACAAAGCAGCGAUUUAAUAAACGAUUUGCAGCAAGAAAUGAUCGAAGGUGAGAAGGAGUUAUUAGCCGGAAAUCAAUCGCACAUUCCAGAUGAUGAAAAAACGAACUUGAAUGAAAAUGUAGAAGAGGAUUUAUUGGGCAUCCAAAAGAGAAGACUCUGCAGGACAAAAAGGAGGAUUAAUGAGCAGCUUUCUCAGAUUGUUUAUAAUUUAUUAAAUAUUAAUACUAAAGACCUUAUAAAGACUGGCAAUAAAUAAAUGUAACAAUCUCCUCA